CCGGGGCGGCCUCCAGCGGGAAGCGCGCGCGCGGCGGGAUGGGCUGCGGGGCGCCCCGAGCCUGCGAGCCCCCCGACAGCCCCCUGGGCGCGCCGGCCCGCGCUCCCCGACAGCUCCCACGGGCGGCGCGGAGCUAGGCGGCCUUGGGUGCGCACCCACGGGCCUCCCCCCGACACUGCCCCGGCGCCCCACAGCCGCUGCCGCCCGAGGCCCGGGCAGAAGGGACCAUGAAAGUGAGGUCGGCUGGCGGCGACGGAGAUGUCUUAUGUGCUGCAGAAGAGGAGCUGGCUGAUGAGGACAUGGCCUUCCCGGGAGCACAAGCAGGCCAACUAGGCCCUCACUGCAGUCGCUGCCAGCGGAACCUGUCCCUGCACACGUCCGUGCGGAUUCUGUACCUCUUCCUGGCCCUGCUCCUGGUGGCCGUGGCCGUGCUGGCCUCGCUGGUCUUCAGGAAAGUGGACUCUCUCUCAGAAGACGUCUCGCUGGCACAGGCCGUGUACGACAAGAAGCUCCUGUCCGUGCAGGAGAGUCUCCAGGGCUUGGAUCUGCAGGGCCCCAGCAACUGCUCUUUCUGCCAGGAGGCUGGUCAGCUGGGCCAGGAGAUCCGAAAGCUGCAGGAGGAGCUGGAGGGUCUUCAGAAGCUGCUCCUGGCCCAGGAGGCCCAGCUGGGCCAGACGUCCCAGACCCACGAGCUCCUGUCCUCCACCAGCACUCAGAUCUCGCAGGAGAUGGGCAUCUGCUCCUUCUCCGUCCAGCAGGUCAAUCAGUCCCUGGGGCUCUUCCUGGGCCAGGUGCGAGGCUGGCGGGCUGCCACCACGGGCCUGGACCUCUCGCUGAAGGACCUCGCGCAAGAGAGCUACGAUGUCAGGGCAGCCCUGCAGCAGAUCAACUUCACGGCCGGGCAGACGUCCGAGUGGAUCCACGGCCUGGGCCGGAAGACGGAUGAGGAGAGCCUGACACUGCAGCGGAUGGUCACGGACUGGCAGAACUACACGCGGCUCUUCGGCAGCCUGCGGGCCACGUCGGCCAAGACAGGGGAAGCUGUGAAGAGCAUCCAGGCGGCCCUGGGCGCGUCCUCUCAGCGCAUCGGCCAAAAUGCGGAGAGCGUCCACGACCUGGCGCUGCAGGUGACCGGGCUGCAGCUGCAGCUGGACAACAUCUCGUCCUGCCUGGACGACCACGAGGAGAACAUGCAUGACCUGGAGUACCAUGCGCGCUACGCGCAGAACCGCACGGCAGAGCGCUUCGAGACGCUGGAGGGCCGCAUGGCCUCACACGAGACCGAGAUCGGCACCAUCUUCGCCAACAUCAACGCCACCGACAGCCAUGUGCAUAGCAUGCUCAAAUACCUGGACGACGUGCGUCUGUCCUGCACGCUGGGCUUCCACGCCCACGCCGAGGAGCUCUACUACCUGAACAAGUCCGUGGCCCUCAUGCUGGGCGCCACCAACCUGCUCCGAGAGCGCCUGGGCCUGCUCAGCGUGCGCCUCGACUUCGACGUCCGCAACCUGUCCCUGGUCAUGGAGGAGAUGAAGGCCGUGGACACGCGGCACGGGGAGCUUCUCCGCAACGUCACCAUCCUACGAGGUGUCCCCGGGCCUCCAGGACCAAGAGGACUCAAGGGUGACGUGGGCGUGAAGGGACCCGCCGGUGGCAGAGGAUCCAAAGGAGACCCAGGCAGCUUGGGCCCCCCUGGGCUGCAGGGGCCACAGGGACAGUCAGGGGACCCUGGACCUGUGGGGGAGCGAGGACCCGGGGGCCCGCGAGGUUUCCCCGGCCUCAAGGGCUCAAAAGGCAGCUUUGGAGCAGGGGGACCCAGAGGGCAGCCGGGUCCCAAGGGGGAUGUGGGACCCCCAGGCCCACAGGGGCCCCCCGGACCUCCUGGGGCCCCUGGGCCUCAGGGAAAGCCGGGCCUGGCCGGGAAGAUGGGGCGGCCAGGCUAUCCCGGGCCCAUGGGGCCCAAGGGGGACCCGGGCAUCCAAGGCUAUCCCGGGCCUGUCGGGUCCCCAGGUCCUCCGGGAGGCCAGAGUGGCUACUGAGGAGGGAGGGGGGGCCCGGUGGGGGCUGCUGGUGCCCACAGCUGUGGGGAGUCCCCCAGGCAUGUCCCCAACCCUUGGGUCUCCCAAGAUGAAGCACAUUUCCAGAGGCCAGUGGGUGUCCCCUGGUGGGCAGGAGGAGAGGGCAGGGGACCCUUCCAGUGAUGGAGCCUGCCAGGGGGCGCUGCCUCCGGGAGGCCCAGCCUCUCUCCCACUUUCAGGGCGGCCGUGCCCCCCUGGGCACCCCACGCCGGCAAAGACCAGGAGAAGCUUUGCAGCAGGUUUGGAUGCAAACUCGGGGCGUGAGGACACACCCGUGGACACGACACCUGGGGACCCGAACCUGGGAGAGAGGACGCCCCGUCUCAGCCCCUCAAGCAACACCCCUCACCUCCCUCCUCUCUCAGGGGCAUCUGAGAAGGGGUCCGAGCAGGAACACUCUGGAACAUUCUGGAACAUUCUGCCUCAGAGCCAGCCAGCUGGGAAGCAGAGGAGGCCCCCCUCGGAGGUCACAGGGCAGGCCGGAGGAGAUGGGGACUCAGCAUGGCCUCCUGGGCAGGUGGGGCGGCUGGGCCCCCCGAUACACUGGCCACCCCAGGCCCAGGGAAGCCUUGGGGUAUCCUGUCCCCACCCCCCGCUCUGGGGCAGGCGU